CCGGGGAGGCCCCCACUGUUCACUCAAGCAGAGACUGGGUGGCGUCUGCACCGGCCCUGCCCCAAGUGCAAGUUGCUAUGGGCAACCAGCUAGCACGUCUGGCGAGACCCACUUUACGUGGGAUGUUCCGGUGAUAGAACCGAAGCAUCGUAGGCCCCUGGUCCCUGCAGUGACUGGUGAAGGCUCCCCGCUCUCCACACCCCUUUGCCAGACAUGCAUUGUCCUUAGAAAAACUUAAAUGGAGAAACAGCAGCUGGAGAUGUCUCCUUUGUAACGCCUCGUGGUGGAAUAUCUGCUUGAUGAGGAAGGAUGAGCGCACCACGUAGGGACUCGAUAUGAACGGGAAAAGGGCUGUCACCAUGAGUCUGGCAUCUCAUUGGUCAUCUUAGAUCUCCCUCAGUGUUUUAUGACCGACAGGACGCGCGCGAUGCAGGUUCUACGGCACUCCGAACACACACUGAAAACAGCUCUCCUCUCAAAGAACCCAGUGCUUGUCUCCCAGUACGAGAAGUUAGAUGCCGGGGAACAGCGGCUGAUGAAUGAGGCCUUCCAGCCACGCAAUAAUCUGUUUGAACCCAUUACCGUGCAUUCACAGUCAGACUGGAUCUCCUCCCACCCUGAGGCUCCCCAAGACUUCGAACAGUUCUUCUCUGACCGCUACAGAAAGGCACCCUGUCCAAAGAAACACAUUAUCUAUAUUCAAUCCAUUGGCUCUCUAGGUAACACCAGAGUAAUCAGCGAAGAAUAUAUUAAAUGGCUCAAGGGUUACUGUGAAGCAUUCUUCUAUGGUUUGAAGGUGAAGUUCUUAGAACCAGUUUCAGUCUCCGCAACCAAGUGUUCCUUUAGGGUGAAUGAGCACACACAAAACCUGCAAAUCCAUACAGGGCAUAUCCUGGCAUUCUUGAAAAAGAAUAAACCCGAAGAUGCCUUCUGCAUCGUGGGGAUAACAAUGAUCGAUCUUUAUCCUCGGGACUCGUGGAACUUCGUCUUUGGACAGGCCUCCUUAUCAAGUGGUGUGGGCAUAUUCAGCUUCGCCAGGUACGGCAAGGACUUCUACACCUCGAAGUAUGAAGGCAGUGUGAAGACCCCACAGCUAAAGUCUUCCACUGACUAUUCCAUUUUUGAUAACUAUUAUAUCCCUGAAAUCACUAGUGUUUUGCUGUUGCGAUCCUGUAAGACUUUAACCCAUGAGAUCGGACACAUACUUGGACUGCGACACUGCCAGUGGCUUGCGUGCUUAAUGCAAGGCUCCAAUCACUUGGAGGAAUCUGACCGGCGUCCUCUAAAUGUCUGCCCCAUCUGCUUACGCAAGCUGCAGAGUGCUAUUGGCUUCAAUAUUGUGGAGAGAUACAAAGCACUGGUGAAGUGGAUUGACGAUGAAUCCUGCGAUGACUCAGGGACAACUCCGAAGAGUAGUUCUGAGCAUGUGCACUUGCCGAAGCCUGUGGAAGCCUUUAAGGAUUGGAGAGAAUGGAUAAUCAGAUGCAUUGCUGUUCUUGAAAAAUAAGGACUCUGUGACAGGAGUAGCUGAAAUAAAUACUGGCACACUAGGCGUUUGUGGGUAGAGCUCUUCAUUGGAACAAACCAUCUGCUGAGUCUGCACUGAGGCCGGGCGAUAGACUAGAACUGAAGCCCUGGACCGGAAUAAGGUUCACUAAGAACAACAAAACCCUCUCUGCCUUUCUCUCCGAAUCACUAGCUGGUCUGUGGCAGGAACCCCAUCACUUCCGCCCCUCAGAUAGGAUUAGGUGACGCUAGACAGUAAACAAAUAAAUACUUUAAAAAUCACUUUGUGUGGCCCUAGGAAUGACUCGAACUUUUCCAGGUCGCUUGUGCUCUGAGAAGAGUUGCUGCUUCUUGUGGCCCAGCCGAGUCAGCAGGGCUCUGACCCUGCACAGGCUGUCGUCCUUGUGAUCCGUGGGUGCCCUCCAUUCUUUCCUGGCCAUUUCUGAGCCUGUCCCUGCAGGAAGCGACCUGCUUAUGUCAGUUCUCAGCAGUGAGAACAGCUGUGGUCCUUUCCCACAGCAGCUGGUCAUGGUUGGAGAGGGGUAGGGGGAGGGGUUAGAGAGUCAUUCUCAGCUGUAACUAUGGCUACGUCUGAGGCCUUUACUGAUGCCUCAAUGGUGCUUAUGUCGUCUGUGUGGGUUGCACUCAUUCUAUAGGGCUAGGUGGAACUGAAGUUUGUUCUUACAGUCUUUUGUCUACUUCAUUGGACUGUGACCUGUUUGAUGAGGGAGGGAGUGAACAGAUAACUUACCCGUCAGGAUGCCAAGAACAACUUGCGUGGUCUGUCAGUCUGGACAUCCGUGAGUUGUGGUAAGCAGACUGACAACCUGAGGCUCAACUCAUCUGUAAGAUCAAUGUGUCUCGGAAAACGGAAAGGUACGUUACUUGUGUCGGUGGUCUGGUAGUGUAUUCCUUAUUUGUAGUACUGGUUUUUGUUUGGCUUGUUGUCGUUGUUCUUUGAGACAGGGUCUCUUUAAGUAGCCCCAGCUGGCCGUGAAUGCAGGAGCAUUAUUGUGAAGCUCUGCCUCACAAGAGCUGGGCCUGAACCACCACACCUGAUGGUCCUGGGUUUGACCCAGGGCCUUGUGAAAACUUGGCACUCUAUAGCUGAGCAACAGCCCUGGCCCCAGCUUCCCACUUUCCUAUUUUUUUUUUUUCUUUAAGUUAAGACUUCCUCUCUCUUUUCUUUUUUAUUUUAAUGCUGGGGCAGGGUGGAGGGGGAGGCUCAAGGACAGUCUCAGGUAUCACUCCUCAGCAGUUAGGCCAGCCUGGCUGUCCAGUGAACCUCAGAGAUCCAUCUGCCUGCUGUCCUCGCCCCCACCCCAUGGGUACAGGGUAGCACACAUGGACCUCUGCUUACGCGGCAGGCCCUUUACCGGCUGGGCUAUUUCCAGCUCUCUUUUUCCAUUUGAAAUCUAAAUAAGUGAAAUCAUUGUUGUGACUUACAGUGUAAUUAAAAGCAUGCUGACAACUGAA